AGCAAAGCUAGCCUGGAGGGUGGGACAGCACUGCUCUCCACAGAUGCCCAAAGUGAGCCCUUAUGAUUCUACAGUCACAACCCUGUCCCCUUGUUGCAGCUUGGAGCUUCGACCUGCAGAAAUCGGAGGACGUGCUGCGAAAGCACGUGGAGUUCCGGAAGCAACAGGACCUGGACAACAUCAUCUCGUGGCAGCUCCUGGAAGUGCUCAUGCUGUAUGGCGCCAAUGGCAUCUGUGGCCAAGACUACGAGGGCAGCCCUGUCUGCUACCACAUCAUCAGGGGCCUCGGCUUGAAGGGGUUCCUCCGUUCCAUCUCCAAGCAGGAGCUACUCGGGUCUAAGCACCAAAGCUGUGAGCUGCUCCUGUGCCAGUGCGAGCAGCAGACUCAGAAGGUGGGGACAAGGGUCCCUAGACUCCCAAGCUACACCCUCACGGCUGCCCUGCAGCACUGUGCACCCCUGUGAUCUGGUCCCUGUACUCAGAGCCUGACUUCUA